UUUCUGAGUCAAACUUUUUUCUAUAAAUUCAGCCAAUUUUCUUCAGUUUUUCUCUCACUUUUCAAUUCAUUCGUUUUUUUUUUCUCUCUAAUUUCUCUCUCUAAAUUUUCUCUCCUCUUUUUCUCGUCUUCUUUCUGUUGAUUCUUGAAGCUAUUCAACAAUGGUGAAUCCUGAUGUUAUUCGUAGUAUUCUCGGAAUUAUUGGAAAUGUUACAUCCUUCUGCUUGUUUUGCUCCCCUGCGCCUACAAUGUGGAGGAUUUUUAAGAACAAAUCAGUGGAGGAAUUCAAGUUUCACCCUAUUGUAGCUGGUAUAAUCAACUGUUUCAUGUGGGUGUUUUACUCGAUGCCAUUCGUGCAUCCUCACAGCAUUCUUGUCACCACCAUUAACAGUGUUGGACUUGUUAUGUACAUUUGCUACAACAUAGUAUACCUGAGAUAUGCUAACAAUCAGAAGAGGAAAUCAAUGUUCAUGUACUAUCUUGCGGAAGUUGUGUUUUUGGCUGCCUUGAUCUCCAUCACACUCCUUGCGUUCCACACUCAUACGUCGAGGUCUACCUUUGUUGGGAUCUUUUGUGACGUCUUUGGGAUCAUUCUCUAUGGUGCACCUCUCACUGUUAUGUACAAGGUCAUUAAAACGAAGAGUGUUGAAUUCAUGCCAUUGACUCUUUCAUUGGCUGGUUUGUCUAAUGGAGUUAUUUGGAGUGCAUACGCCUUCAUCAGAUUUGAUCCUUACAUUCUGAUUGGCAAUGGGGUUGGAGCCAUACUUGCCGUAGCACAAUUGAUCUUGUACGCUUGCUACUAUGGGUCUACACCGAAGGAGGGGAAGCCCGUGAAGGACCCGGUGAAGCCAACAGCACCACAAGUGCAGAUGACUGUUUCUGCCGUCUAAAGAUGAUACUCAGUUUAAUCUAGCUAGGUCCCUAGCCAUUUUAAUCUGUUCUUGUGUUGGCUAGCUUGUGUGUUUUUUGCUAGCGUAGGUAGUGGUUUUGGUUAUAGCUUAAAAACAGUAAUAGUACUCUGUGUUGUGUUUUCUGGUAGGAAUUUCUUGAUUACCUUAAUUAAUUCGAGUGUUCUUUCUUCUUAAGAUUGAAGAAGAGUGAGGUUAAUCAUUUCAUAUGAUAGGGUUGGAAUAUAAAUAUGAUAAACAAACCUUUUAUCCUUUC